UUCCGAAUCAUCAGCAGGCGACUUUUUCCAAUCCCGAUUAUUAUCUCUUUCACGAGCCUUUUUUGCAAUAUAAAGAAACGUUCAGUUUGUUCAUUCCUUCAUGUUCCGUGUCUGUGUUGAGGUCUUUCAUGAACCUGUGUGUACGUAUUUAUAUUUUAUGUCGAUUUUAUUCAUUUCACUAUUUUCAAACCCGGAAAGCCACCCUAAAUUUGGAGCCAACAGGCAAAGUAGACUUGACAGCAGGGUAUUUGCAAGAUUUGGAAACUUUGUCAAGAGACGGUGUCAUUGGCGUUACUUACAUUCCUUCUGACAGGAUACUGACUUUGAUUCUUCCGAUGAAGUUUGGUGACCUGCGGUUUUCAUACAACUUCCAUAGCAAGGUGACUUUCAUCUCUUCCCAUGGAGUAGUAAACGGAACUGUCAAAAAUGUCAGAGUGAAUGCUCAACUCAGCUUCGACUUCAGAACCUAUCAGGCUGCUCUUGAUCACUAUGACAUGGACGAUACUGGUGAUAUCACCGUAAAAUUCCAUGGGAAUAAAAUAGUUGACUGGUUACUGGAUGCCAUGACGAAAGUUUUCACCGUUUUUUUCCAUCCACUGAUUGUUGGACAAAUCCAGAAGCUGAUAAGAGACAAUCUACGAGUCAUAGCUACGCAACUGAAUGAACUGAUUCACAAAAUUAUUGAUCCAACAAUGCUUUGAUAUUCUGUUUUCUGUAAUAUUCAAAUAAAUUAACAAUGCGGGUGUCCCAAGUUAUCGUAUACAGGCAUCUCGUUUAUUUGACAAGAUAAAUGAAAAAUUCAAAAAUUGCAUUGAAUGGCAUCGAAGUACCUUCCUGAUGACAUAUAAAAAAAUCUAUUACAUUUAACAGUUCUCUGGCAGCUACCCCCACUUUUAUUCUCGAAUGGCACCCCAUAUUGCCAUUGGAAAGUAUGUGUCAUUCGAUUUGGAAUAAAAUGAUAGCAUA